CAAAUCAAAAGUCAAGCAAACGUCAUUGACGAAUUGACUUUAACGGUGGUUCCGCGUAUUCGUAGACGUUAAAAAGUGUGAUAAAAAUAAGUUAUUAUCUUAACUGGAUAAUAUAACUGAAAUGUAUUCUACAUUGUUCAUUUAAGUGGUGCCUUUCGGCAGUCAAACUUCGGGUAGGGAUUAAACCGCACGAACAAACUGUUUACGUUAACAAACUAAAGAACCGUAAACUAAGGAAAGUAAGCGAGAAUCGGAGGUGAAAGUUUGUCUAAAAUGUUUCGUGCUAAAUCGUGAAGCUAUGCCAGCUAAUAUAGCAUAUAAUUAAGUUUAAUUAAAACACAAUUGGGACCUACUUGCAAAUUCAUAAUAUUAAGUUUGAAAAUAAUUAAAAUUGUAGUGUCCGUGUUUUGAAAACUCGUUAAAGAAGAUAAUUUAUUACAAAUGGCUUUAAAAAUGGAACCAAAGAAUGACGUAGAUUUUAUCUUGAGGAAUUUAUUGGCAGGAGGUGUAGCAGGCAUGUGUGCUAAAACUGCAGUAGCUCCGCUUGACAGAAUAAAGAUCCUGCUGCAAGCACAAUCUGUGCAUUACAAACAUCAUGGUGUGUUUGGAGGACUGACCGCAAUUGUCAAACAGGAGUCCAUCUUUGCGCUAUACAAGGGCAAUGGUGCUCAAAUGGUUCGGAUAUUCCCCUAUGCAGCAACACAAUUUACAAGUUUCGAAAUUUACAAGAAGUAUCUAAGCGUGAUAAACAUCCCGAUGGUGCAGCACGGUGACAAGUUCGUUGCGGGCGCGGCGGCCGGUGUCACCGCUGUCACGCUCACCUACCCGCUCGACACGAUACGAGCACGCCUCGCCUUCCAAGUGACAGGCGAGCACCGCUACACCGGCAUCGCUAACACCGCCAUGACCAUGUUCCGCACGGAGGGCGGUAUCCACGCGUUAUACCGCGGCUUCGUGCCAACGAUGGUCGGCAUGAUCCCAUACGCCGGCUUCAGUUUCUACUGCUUCGAGUCUCUCAAGUACCUCUGCAUGAAGUACGCGCCCACCUCGCUCUGCAGAAAGUGCGACAGGAACACAGGUGGUCUGGUGCUGACGGUGCCAGGCAAGCUGGUGUGCGGAGGGCUGGCUGGUGCGGUAGCGCAAUCAGUGUCCUAUCCGCUGGACGUAACACGUCGCCGCAUGCAGCUCGCCUGCAUGGAUCCCAAUACCGCUAAGUUUGGAAGCGCGGGAAUGAUUAAAACAUUGACGUUGAUAUACCGAGAGAAUGGUAUCACAAAAGGAUUGUAUCGCGGCAUGAGCAUCAACUACCUCAGAGCCAUUCCAAUGGUCGCCACAUCAUUCUCCACAUACGAGCUCAUGAAGCAGCUGCUCCAACUGGACACGGGCAUGAGCGUCGCUUAGAUGUCUAUACUCAAACUUGACAAAUCUGACCCGGUGGCAGGAAAUGACACGAAAUAGCAAUACCUCAUUAGCCAUUCUGUCAACAGUGUUGCCAACAUAUACAAAGGUGCUGUUUAAAAUGCCGAAAAUAUGAUAUUUUAUAUAAAGUUAAAUGUCAAUUUUUAAUCAACUGUUAUUAAAAAAAAAUAUGCUAAACAAUAAAAAUGUGAUGAACUGACUAAAAAUCCGCCAAAUUUAGCCAUAUAAUAUACUAAAUUGGCAACACUGUUUAGCAAUGUCAAGAAAGUGCUACGAGGUCCUUGUUUUGUGUCAUUUUCUAUGUAUAAGUUUGUUUCAGUCAUAUUUUCUGAGAGAUUUGCGUUAACGGCGCUUCUCACCUGGUCAGAGUGUUUGUCGCUAUUUAUUUUUACUAGAAAAAUAUACCAAGCUAACAAAAACUACCAAAUGGCAGGAAAUAUAUUAAAGGGUAUUAUUAAUAGUUAAUAGUGUAAAGUCUCUCUGUUCUAUAAUUUAUAGUCUGCAGAUUCAUGACGUCACUAUCAGUAUUUGUAAAGGUAUUUUUCAAAUACGCUAAUUGUUUAGAUAUUUCCAGGUUGUACAAUCAGUACACAGUUAAAUUUGUUAAAUAAAAUGACAAUUCUUAAAGAAUUUCGACUACUCAAAUAUUUGAGGUUAUGAAAGCGUAACAGUUUGUUUGUUUUUUAAUAUGAAAUUUGUUAUUGUUAACCAAGUUAAGAAUCUUUUGGCAUUAUUUGUGGGUUAUAUUUACAUACGUUGUAUUGUUUGUUUUUCACCUGAAUUAAAUAUAAGUCAUAACCUAAAUUCCGAUCGUUAAACGUAAAUAAACAUUUUUCCUCCAAAAAUUUCAUUACAUUGAACCAGAUUCACGUUCUUCGUAUAAAUAAUUUUUAAUAUUUAACGAAAAACACGUAUCUGUUUAUUUUAGUAAGAAAGAUUGCACACGUUUA